AAAAAGAAUAUAGCGCACACAGAGAGUGUGUUUGUUUUUGUUGAGCCGUAUUAGCUUCAGCUUCAGUGGAGAAGCAAAGCACAUCGUUGCUUCUUCGUUUCUCUUCUUACUUCUGAUCAAUUGUUUAGCGCCAAGUCGGCGAUUUCACGGAAACGCUCCGAGUUCGUGUUUGCAUCUCUGUGAGACAAAAAAAAACUUGAAAAUCUCGAGUUUUCCGCCAUUGGAGGCGAUCACUGAUUAAGUUAAGUAGAGGAGGAUGGAGAUGGAUUUGAUUGUCACACCGGAGAAGCAGAGGAAUCGUCAUGCAGUGAGGUUGGUGAAAACUCCUGUGAGAAGGAAGUUGAUAGCUGAUGAUGAUGAUGAUGAUGAUCACGAGAAGAAAGGGCAAUCAAGAACUACUGGUGGUGGCCUUCGCCAGUUCAGCGUUAUGGUGUGCCACAAGUUAGAAGCCAAGAAAAUCACUACAUACAAGGAGGUUGCAGAUGAAAUCAUUUCUGAUUUUGCAACAAUUAAACAGAACGCAGAGAAGCCUUUAAACGAGAAUGAGUAUAACGAGAAGAACAUAAGGAGGAGAGUCUAUGAUGCACUCAAUGUCUUCAUGGCCUUGGAUAUUAUCGCAAGGGAUAAAAAAGAAAUCCGUUGGAAGGGGCUUCCCAUUACCUGCAAAAAGGAUGUCGAAGAAAUUAAGAGGGAUCGAAAUAAGGUUAUGAAUAGUGUGCAAAAGAAGACUGCUUUCCUUAAAGAUUUGAGAGAAAAGGUCUCAAGUCUUGAGAGUCUUAUGUUGAGAAAUCAGGAGAUGGUUGUGAAGACUGAAGGCCCAGCAGAAGGUUUUACUUUACCUUUAAUUCUACUUGAGACAAAUCCUCAUGCAGUUGUCGAAAUAGAGAUUUCUGAAGAUAUGCAACUUGUUCACCUUGACUUCAAUAGCACGCCAUUCUCGGUCCAUGACGAUGCAUACAUACUGAAACUGAUGCAAGAACACAAGCUGCAGCAAAACAGAGCUUCUUCUUCUUCCUCUACACAUCAUCAAUCUCAACAUUCUUCUUCCAGUUCUUGCAUUGCUUCUGGAACCUCAGGCCCGCUUUGCUGGAACUCAAGAUCCAGCUGAUACUCGGCUGACGGAGAAACCGAUGAUUCUCUCCCCUAGUCUUCAAGAAAGGAGAAGAACAACAAGUGAGAGAGCCUGUAAAUUUACAAUUCAUAGGCCAAUAUCAAAUAUUCAAAUUUUUGUUUAUCCAAUUUUUCCUUUAUAAAUGAAACCUCGUCUACUUUUCUAUUAGAAAACCGAUACGGUGUAAUUUUUACCUGAGUUUUUUAUUUAUUUAAAACAAACUGAACCGAAUUGAA